AUGGUUGGCCUCACUGUUGCCUUUUCGGCACUCCUCGCCGUCGCCCAGGUUACAUUUGCGACCCCUAUACAGUCGCGCACCCCUUAUCGUGUAAAGGAUGUGCACCAUGUUCCUAGAGGAUGGACAAAGGUCCGUCGUGCUCCGGCCGAGCAUGUCAUUGAUCUUCAAAUUGGUGUCAAGCAGAGCAACUUUGCCGAACUCGAGAGGCAUCUGUAUGAAGUUUCGGAUCCGCAUCAUCACCGCUAUGGUCAGCACCUUUCUGCUGAUGAAGUGAAGGACUUAGUCAAGCCGACGGACGAGACGUUGGAUCUUGUCCACGAGUGGUUGGAGGCCAAUGGCAUAAUCCCCUCAAAAUACAGUUCAGCCAAGGACUGGAUCACGGUGUCUGUGCCGGUAGGAGUGGUUGAACGUCUCCUCGACACUGAGUACCACGUCUACGAGCAUGAAGACGGCGGUCUUAUCGCUCGAGCUCCUGCAUGGUCUCUUCCAGAUCAUCUGCAUAAGCACAUCGAUACGAUCCAACCCACCAACUCAUUUUUCCGGGCUCGCGCCAACAAGUUUGACCAUAUUGAAGCGCCUAUUCAUCUUGAUACCAACUAUAAACUCCCUACCAAUCCGGCUCUGAAGGCGGUCUGCAAUGUGAGCUCUGUUACGCCAGAAUGCUUCCAGACGCUUUAUUCGACCAAAGGAUAUAUUACCCGGGCUGGCGGCAAGAACAAGAUUGGAUUCAAUAAUUUCCUCGGCGAACAUCCAAUUCGGUCGGAUGCCGAAAAAUUCCUCGCAAAAUAUCGACCUGAAGCAGUCUCGAGUGCCAAAGACUUCCCACAGAUCACCAUUGCGAACGGCCCUGGUGACUACGCUUUGACUCCCGCAGAGAUUGCUUCACGUACCUCAAAAGAGGCAAAUUUGGACAUCCAGGCCAUUGCUGGAAUUAGCUGGAAGACCCCAAUAAUAAGCUACUCAACGGGUGGCAGCCCGCCAUUUAACCCGUCCCCGAGUACACCAGACAACACCAACGAGCCGUAUCUGGUUUGGGUGAAUUAUCUCUUGGAUCAGAAAUCUAUCCCGCAAAUUAUUAGUAUGUCGUACUUCUAUCUUAACUUACCCACUGGGAGGACGACUUCGUAUGCCGACGACGAGCAGACCGUACCGGAAUCUUAUGCAAGGCGAGUUUGCCAACAAUUUGCUCAGGUUGGCGCUCGUGGAACCUCUUUGCUUUUCAGUAGCGGCGACAGCGGUGUUGGGCCGUACGGAGAGUGCUUAAGCAACGAUGGGAAGAACACAACAAAAUUCAUCCCCGAGUUCCCACCCAGCUGCCCUUACGUGACAGCGGUCGGUGCGACCAAGAACUUCGAACCCGAGGUGGUAGCGUAUCGACCGGCAUUUGUUGGCCCGAAUGGUGUCACGCGCGGCAAUUACACGAGCGGAGGUGGCUUUAGCAAUUACUUCCCGGCACCGGCAUACCAGGCUAAGCAGGCCAGCAGUUAUGUUUCAAACCUGAAAGGCUUAUAUGAUGGCCUGUAUAACAAGACGGGUCGUGGCUACCCUGACAUCUCAGCACAGGGGCUCUACUUUGCGUACUUUUGGAACGGCACUGAAGGCGUCAUCAGCGGUACCAGUGCCAGUUGCCCACUGACAGGAGGUAUCCUCUCGCUAGUCAAUGACGCGCUCGUCUCAGCAGGAAAGCCCCCACUGGGAUUCCUGAACCCUUGGCUGUAUUCGAAAGGGUACAAAGGGCUGACAGAUAUCGUAAGUGGCAGUGCUGUCGGUUGUGGAGUUGAUGGUUUUCCAGCAACUCAAGGAUGGGAUCCCGUUACUGGGCUUGGAACGCCGAUAUUCCCCAAGCUUGUCGCAUUAGCUAGCGGGUGGGGGCCUUACUGA